AACAAGGCAAAGGAAAAAGGUUAGUAGGCGGUCUUAUGUAUUAAGUCCGCUCUAAUUCGUACAUUUUUACAUUUGUACUUGUUUCUGUCGCACAAAAACUACACAUUAAUUAUUCAUACCAGCAUAAAGUUUUCUCAGCGAACUUUGACGCUUCUCAGGCUAGUUUAGCUUGCUCGCUGCUAACAAAAGAGAUGCAGAAGGUAGCAUCGCAAACUGCGCAUGCGUCCGUCGCCAUUUUGGACUAUUACGUCGCCGAAGGGAUUGGAAAAAGUUAGGAAAAACGACGAGAUUGUUACCGCGUUUGUUCUUUUUCCCUCUUCACAUUCCGUGUACGCGGUGAGACAUUGUCAAUUCCUGUUGGGACAAAAACCUGUCUCAUCGCCACUUUGAAGCUUCUCAGGCUAGCUUAGCUUGCUAGCUGCUAACAAAAGAGACGCGGAAGUGAUCGACAUCGCUCAGUAGGGGGUCAAGUGUGAGUGUAAAGUGUGUAAAAAUGUGUAAAGUACAAAUGCUGAGAGCAUUGGUGAAUCAGCGACUAACUGCGGCUGUUGAAGAAAUAUUUGUAGUGGUAGAAAGAACGAUAGCAGAGUACGAGGAGGAACUUUCUCGAACAAAAGAGGAGAACGAGCGUCAACGUCAAAUGUUGGACACUGUUUUCAAGAAGCAUCAACUUGAGUCACACGGAGGAGUCAGUGAACAUCAUCUUACCCCUGAGCAGCAGCAGUUGAGCUCCAGAGUGGCACAGGAGGAGCCACAGCCCCCCCAUGUCAAAGAGGAAGUGGAGGAGCCACAGCCCCCCUAUAUUAAAGAGGAAAAGGAGGAUCACAACAUCAGCCAGGAGGAGCUUGAAGGACUGGAGGAGUUCUCGGUCAUUGAUGUCAUUGUGAAGAGUGAGGACGACGAAGACAAAGGUCAAAGUGAGGAGAAGAGCGAGGUGGAGGCUCCAAGCAGCAGCUCAGCUCAGCAGCUGGUCAGCUAUGGAGGGUCACAAGCAGACAGCCUCUUAGGUCCCGAUAGUGACACCGAUGAUGAAGUCUCUAAAGCUGACUUGACAUGUCACACUGACAACACACACCCCUUCGUGUGUGUAGUUUGUGGUAAAGGAUUUUCUCGAAAUGCACAUUUGAUCACACACACGAGGACUCACACAGGAGAAAAACCUUUCACUUGCUCAGUUUGCGGUCAGAGGUUCUCUCAAAAGGGCAGCUUGAAGAAACACACAAGAACACACACUGGAGAGAAACCGUUUUCCUGCACAGUCUGCAACACAAGUUUUAGUGACCGCUCAGCGUUGGUAAGGCACAUGAGAAGGCACACUGGAGAGAAACCAUUUUCCUGCUCGAUUUGCAACACACAUUUUAGUCACCGUUCAGCUUUGGUGACCCACAUGAGAGCGCACACGGGCGAGAAGCCAUUUUCUUGCCCGGUCUGCCAAACAAGUUUUCGAGCUCGUUCGGGGUUGGUCCAACACAUGAGAACGCACACGGGAGAGAAACCUUUUGCCUGCUCAGUUUGCGACCAAAGAUUCUCUCAAAAGGCAACUUUGAGAGAACACGCGAGAUUGCACACUGGAGAGAAACCGUUUUCCUGUUCAGUGUGCGACAUGAGCUUUAGUUAUCAUUCAUCAUUUGUGCAACACAUGAAAACACACGAUUGACAAUGUUUGGAUGUGUGAUUACCUGGUCAACAGUUCAUCAAAAAUAAAAAAACAUUUUUGGCUGCAUGUA